AUGGUGCUGCGGGGUGGGUACCCAGGGGUUGACGUGAAACUCUCGAAUGUUGGGGAAGGAGAGAUACUUAUUCGUUCACACAUGCUGCUUGAUAGGUAUUUUGAUAAUGAUGAAGCAAAUCGAGAAGCCCGGGAUGAAGAAGGAUACUUCGAAACUGGCGAUAUAGGUGUCAAGAAGGGCGACUACUAUUUUGUGCUUGGGCGAGCAUCUAUCGAUAUCAUCAAGUCUGGAGGGUAUAAAAUCGCCGCCCCCGAUAUUGAACGGGAGAUCUAUGGGCUUCCUUAUGUGUUCGAGGCAAUGGUUGUGGGCGUGGAAGAUCAAGAAUACGGACAGAGGAUUGCAGCUGCCGUUGUAAUUCAAGGCCAAUCCUUCUUGAGCGCUGGAGAAGCCCUUUGGUGUUUCUUGAAGCCUAUCCUCUUCAAAUAA